CGAAACAGAUUUCCUCUUCUUCUUCCUCUUCUUCUCCUUCUUUCCUUCCUCUCAAUUCCUCCAUUCAUAAUAUCAAUCAUUCAUUGCAACUGAUCAAUCGCUGAGAAUCAAUUCAGGUCAAUCCGGCUGUUACAUCGACAAUACCCCAAUUAUUGUAUUCUCCUCAAAGCUCUCAGAACAGGCUUAGAGAAAUUUUGAGCUCCUGUUUUCGUAUUCAUGGGGAGUUGUUCGUUGUUUGAUCUGGAGCGGCACUUCGCGUUCUAUGGAGCUUAUCACAGCAACCCAACGAAUAUUUUGAUUCACAUGAUAUUCGUCUGGCCGAUUCUCUUCACUGCCCAAUUGAUACUCUACUUCACGCCUUCUUUACCGCCCAAGUUUGAGUUCUCCAUCUUGGGGAUCGAUACCUUUCUGGUUCUCAAUGUUGGGUUGUUGUUUACAGUGAUAUAUGGCGUUUUCUAUAUCUGUCUGGAUAAGAAAGCUGGCUCCUUGGCUACUCUGCUCUUGCUCUUCUGCUGGGUGGCCAGCAGUUUCUUGGGUUCCUGGCUUGGAUUCUCCCUUUCUUGGAAGGUUGUUGUGGUUGCCCAGAUAGUAUGCUGGACUGGGCAGUUCAUUGGGCAUGGUGUCUUUGAGAAACGAGCACCAGCUCUUUUGGACAAUCUUGUUCAAGCAUUUCUAAUGGCUCCCUUCUUUGUGUUGUUGGAGGCUCUUCAGACCUUCGCUUAUGAACCGUACCCGGGAUUUCAUGCAACUGUUCAAGCUAAGGUUGAUACUCAGAUCCGUGAGUGGCAAGAGAAGAAGCAGAAGUAAUUAAGUGUAAACCAUGAUGUCCUUCCACCUAUCUUAAUCCAUGACAUGCAUGAAUAUUAGACUCAUUAACGGGGUUGUGUUCUUGAAAUGUUGGAAGCUAUCUGUACAAAGCUUUCCUUUGUGUUGAAUCAUGAAAAUUAUAUUGGAAAUGAGGUGUCGAGUUCUUCAUUUAUUCGUCAUUUAUGGUGCAUGAUCCCUUUUUGAUGGACUGUGGAAGAUUGCUGUUUGAUCUCUGGUGAUUCAUCGCUGUGCAAUUCAGAACAUUGUUGUUCUUAGUUCGGCUUA